GAAGAUGUCUGCAAAGAGGAGGGAUGCGUCACUGGAUUAGCGCCUGAGAAUCUGCCUCAGACUUUUCUUCACUCUGAGCCUGCUGAGACGCCUCCACAAGGGCACGACACUCGCCGCUCGCUUCCCCUCCACCAAGCCUUCCACAUGAGUCAGCCAAGCCUUACCUCCGCACCAGGAUGAAGAAAAAUAAGAAAACACACGUGUUCCUCUUUCUCCUGCUGCUUCAUUACAGUUCAGGCCAAUCAGACUAUGCCCCAUAUUUUUAUGACAAUGGACCAAGUAGCACAAGUGGAAAUAUGGCCUUGUUCAGCAUCUCUGAGGAUACACCUGUUGGAACACAGAUAUACAUCCUGAAUGGUACGGAUCCAGAGGGAGAUCCGGUACAAUACGGUCUCACUUUUGAAAAGGGCUCCACAGAAUAUUUCAGGGUGGAUCCCAAAUCAGGAAACGUGACUCUGAAUCAGGAGCUGGACAGAGAGAAGCAAGAUGAAAUUGCUGUGACAGUGAGCAUAACAGAUGGGCGCAACAAAGUUGUUGAGACAGUGAGAGUUUUUGUGACGGAUGCCAACGAUGAGCCGCCUGAAUUUCAAAACCUGCCUUUCAUCAUUGAGGUUCCAGAGAACACUGCUCCGGGAAGCAGCAUCUACAGAGUCCGUGCUGUGGACAAAGACCUGGGUUCAGGAGGCAGCGUCUCUUAUUACCUACAGAGUUCCUCGUUUGCCAAAUUCACCAUUGAUGGACACAGCGGGAUCCUCAGAGUCAAACCUGGCAAGAGUUUGGACUACGAAACCACAUUAACUCACUUUGUGACAGUGGUUGCAAAGGAUGGAGGUGGGAAGUGCAAGGGGAAACAUCAGGUGUUGACUUCCACAGCCACUGUAACUAUCAAUGUUCUGGAUGCCCAAGACAUGCCUCCAGCCUUUGUAGGGACUCCAUACUUUGGCUACAUCUAUGAAGUUUCUGUCCCUGGUUCAGAAAUAUACACAGUGUUCGCUAAAGAUGGAGAUCAAGGCAAUCCCAACGCCAUACAUUAUUCCAUCAUAAAUGGCAGUGAUGGUGUUUUUGAAAUAAAUAGCACCAGUGGAUGCAUCACUCUGUCAACCCCACCGUCUUUGCUGGAAAAUGAGCUCUAUGAAAUAAAAGUUAAGGCGUCUGAGAUUGGGCCGAGUAACCAAAUGCUGGACUUCGACAUCGCCACAGUGACAGUGCGGGUGGUGGAUCUAAACAACCAUCCUCCAACCUUCUAUGGAGAAAACGGACCACAGAGCAAGUUUGAGGUGACAAUGUACGAGCAUCCACCUGCAGGGGAGAUCCUCCGAGGCUUUAAGAUCACAGUCAAUGACUCUGAUCAGGGAGCAAACGCUAAAUUUAAGCUGAGGCUCGUGGGGCCAAGCCGAGUGCUUCGAGUGGUUCCCCAAACAGUCCUGAAUGAAGCUCAGGUGACCAUCAUCGUGGAGGACACGUCUGGCAUCGACUUCGAAAAGGGACAGACCCUCUCUUUCAAGCUGCUGGCGGUGGAGAUCGACACUCCUGAGCGGUUCAGUGCCACAGCUGACAUCGUGAUCAACCUGCUGGACACGAACGACAACAUCCCCUCUUUCACGUCUGAGUAUUACAUCGCCAGAGUGCCCGAGAACUCUCCCGGAGGCUCCAGUGUUGUGUCUGUCACAGCAAAGGAUCCCGACUCGGGGCCUUGGGGUGAAGUCAAGUACACAAUUUAUGGAUCAGGAUCAGAUUUGUUUUCCAUCCACCCGUCAUCAGGGCUCAUCUCCACCCAACCCUGGACCAGCCUGGACGCAGAGGUCAGAUCCAAAUACAACUUUUAUGUCAAGGCCGAAGACUCAGAGGGGAAGUACGGCUUGUCUGAAGUCUUUGUCACCGUCCUCGACAUGAACGACCACCCUCCAGAGUUUGAUGACAAAUUAUUUGAGAAGACCAUGAUCAUAGGCACGCCUGUCAAAGUCCAGGCCGUGGAUGAGGAUGCAGAGUCUCCAAACAACGUCAUUGAGUACUCCAUCAUGACGGCCGAUCCCGAUAAUGCCUUUGACAUCAACGCAGUCACCGGGGAGAUCAAACUAAAGCCCUUCAUCAAGUCGAUGGAGAUCGUCCAGAACAUCACCAAGCAAAAAGACUGCAAGUGGUCUCUGGUGGUCCAGGCCAGGGACCGGGGUUCUCCGUCCUUCAGCACAACAGCUGUGGUCAACAUUGAUAUCACAGAAGCGACUCCUCUCAAGGGGCCUAUGGCAGCUUUUUUACUGAAAAGUAGGGACAAUCCUUUAAAAGCUCUAGGUAUGGUCACUUUUAUCAUUAUUGUAUUGGUAGGAGUGACGGUUCUUAUCUCUACGGUUACGUACAUGCGCAACUCGAAGUCAAACAGGAUCAUGCCGGUGAGACGUAUCAUUAAGAAGAAACCCAUGGAGAAGCAGACAUGGAACUUCAAGAUACCUGUUAUCAAGUUAUCCAACCCAGCAGGGAAGUUCCUCAUCAGCGACCCAGAAAGCAGCUCAUCGCAGGAAACCGGCAGUCCGAGGCUGAAGCCGCCACCUCCCAUUGCCCCUUGUCUGCCUCCUCCACCUCCAUCUUACACUCGAGCCAGUGAGCGACCCCGAGCAGUGCCAACGAUAUCUGGAGUUCUGGCCUCCAAAGGAUCCAAGAAAACAAAGUCUGGCCGCCGCAAAGAGGGGAACAUCAGCUCUGCUUUAGUAUCUGAGCUCAAGAUGAAGUUAGAGCAGAAAAUACAUGAGAAUAACCAGGGUUAUUGUUAAGUUAGCACAAACUUACGGCAGCUCUUUUGCUCCUAACCCAUGUCACCUGCACUUGAU